AUGACUGACAUCCGCAGCAAACAAAAUAUUCAUGAAAACUGGUCCCGAGUCCUCUUCCUUGGAGAGCGGAUACAGAUGCACCGGGGGACCCCACACAUUGAAUGGAGCAGUGCCGCACGGCCCCCCGGGCUGGUCCCCUCACCCCACCAAGCCCUGCCCUGCGCCCGGAGCUGGCUGCAUCCCGAGGACCGAGUAGGGAAGCAGGCCAAGUCCGCAUCCUCGCACAGCGUGACACUAGGCGAGGACACAGACGACAAGAAAGAAACCAGCGGAUCAGGCAGCGACUGGUGGUUCAAGGAAAACGAAGCCCCGUGUGGGGAUAGAGGUCGGUCGCAGGGCAUCCAGCAGCUGCUCCAGGCCGAGAAGCGGGCCGCCAAGGAGGUGGCCGAGGACCACAAGCAAAAGAACUGGAGGCUGAAGCAGGCCAAAGCAGCAGCCUGGGCUGAAAUUGAACAGUACCGCCCGCAGAGGGAGAAGGAGUUCAAGGCCAAGGAGGCCGCGGCUCUGGGAUCCCACGGCAGUUGCAGCACUGAAGCGGACGACCCCCAGGAGAAGGUGACCAUCCUCCAGACCUACUUCCGGCAGAACAGGGAUGAAGUCCGGGAUAAGCUCUUGGCCUUUGUCUGCGACAUCCAGCCAGAAAUCCACAAAAACUACCACAAAAACGGAUAA